AUGAAUGCGAUCAACCCCCAAGACCUACCCGACCGCGUGCUCGGUGCCAUCAUCAGCGGUUUCGGGAUCUCUUAUUUCUUUGUUUUUCUCCUGCAGUUUCUCCUAUUCCACUUCCCCUCGUCCCAAGAGGCCAUUCCAGAAGCUCUCGCGGUGAUUGCGUUUGGUACAGCGGCAAUUCCGACCAUUAUCUUCCUUUUCCCAGCUCAGCCGUGGCUACAGCUUGGAUAUACAUCGGCUUUGGCUGUCAUCGCGAUUGGAAGCCUACCUCAAAAGCUCCUAUGUGAUGUCAACAACCAGAAAUCUCUAGACACAUCUUCCAUUCAUCUAGCAUCGGUGAUCAUGUUGUCUUUGACGCCGACAAUUCAUGCCCUGGCCGAGCCAGUAACCGGCGCUUCGCCAUUGGCGAUUGCUUUUGGUCGAAUGGUCAUCAUCGGUUCACUGUCUUUCGCGUUUUACUUUCUUCAGCCACUGGAGCGCAUCGGCCUUGCCAGGAUAUGGCAGCUCAGUUUCCACGGGAUGCACAUGAUGUUGACGUUCAGCCUCGUGGCGUAUUCCAAGGCAGUGAUGCAAGCCGCAGUUGCUCGCAUGUAA